AUGCAGAGUUUUCUACAUGGAUAUAUGAAGGAAAGAUUGGACGAGUCCUUCAAAGACAGAACCUGCAACGAGCAUGACGGAGCAGGGGGGGGAGUAUGUGACCUAAGUCCCAAGAGGAGACAGGUGUUAAACACUAGGACCACAACCCUGAACAAGAUAUUCCCCCACGAGAGUUCCUCUACUCUAAACAAUGUGUCAGUGAUGAGUAGAACAAUCUGUGUAUGGUUGGAGGCAUGGAUAAGUACUUUAUCGAAGGAAAGAGGAAAACAGGGUGAGGUUAUCUUCCGAGGUAAUUGCACCUAUGAUAAGUUUAUAGAGGGUAUAGAGCGAGGAAAUCUCUCAAAAGAGUGUAUCUUUGAGAAGGGAAAGUUAGCGUGGAUAGAUCACAGAAGCAGAUCAAGCUUGAGUAUGGCUCAGGAUUAUCAGAGGGGUUUAAAGAGCUGUAUGGAGAUCGUAACACUAAUAUUGGUAACAGCAGGGUUGACAUCGACCGCGGCUACCAAGAACUAUUAUAACAAGAGAAAAAGUGACUUAUGUCAAGACAUAUAUGAAAAACUUGCCGAGUGGGGUGGAAAGAAUCUGGCUAAAAGGAUAAUGAAAGAUUGGUUCACUCAAGCCCAAAACAACGGGUCAGGCGGGAGAAUAUUCCAGCUCUCUGGUCGCGAUGUCUAUGAGAUAAUAACCGAAGGUAUAUUCGGAGUAUCUAGUGGGGACAAAUCACUAAGAUGCGAUCUGCAGGAGGAGACGAGUAACAGGGAAGCAGACACCGUAGAAAAAUAUAGCACGAGUCUAUCAGAAGAUACCAUAGUGCCUUCAGGUGAGGAAAAUUUCGUUUUUCAGGACAAGGAGAUCGAGAAAAUGAAUCAAGUUCUGGACCAAGUAGAGGAAAAGGUGAAGGUAAAACAAGAAGCGCUCUACUUAGACGAGGGAUGA